AUGAGUCUGCUACUAGACCAGUUCACCAACCACUGGACUGACCAGUUUCCGGACUACAGCAAUCAAACCACCUACACUCUGCCUUCAGACGGCACUGUCCAGUUUGAUCUGGCAAAGUGGUUGGCGAACGCCCAGGAAGAGCUACAGAUCGAAGAAGCUCGCUGGCUCGCAGACGACUUCGACAUCAACGAGCCUGCUCCGAGACCGGUCAAGAUCCGAGCUAGGGACUCUGCGCAGUGGAUCAAGAAAGACAACCGCAACUUCACUGGCCGUCGCAAGCGUAGACGUGAACUCCCUGUUCCGCGCGCCUUCAACAAGCCGUUCUCCCUCAUGCAGCACCAACGCCACUCCAUCCACCUCAUGGGCAGGGUGCUCAACGUCCGCACCAAUGGAUCGCCCUUCACGCUCGUCCUUGAUGACCUCAACCAGCGUGCCGACAUCUUUAUUAGCGAGAUCACCCGCCGCGCCCUCUCUCGCAACGUCAACGUCGUCUUCGUCACAUUCGAGUCUGGCCAGGCCAUGGCACCGAUCCGCACCGUCCAGGGCUUCGGCAUGACGAGCGACGAGAUCCUGAAGGCUUUGCGCAAGGCCAUGGAUGAUGCCAAGGAGAGCAUCGUCGUCAUCGACAACCUCCACGAGCUCCUCUACACUUACGGCGUCGACAUGACCGCGCUCUUCCAGCUCGUCGUCCACAAGUACGCUUCCACCCUCGUCGGCAUCUACCACCAAGACCUGCUCGACAACCCAACCGAGUCACCAUACGCCCCACAACCCCUGGAGCUGAUCAAAUACAUGGCCACCUCCAUCAUAACCUGCAAGUCCUUCGCGCACUGCCUCGCCGCCAAAGCCGCCGCAGAGCGCAGCCUCCCCGAGCCCACCUGGGGCAUGCUGGAAGCCGCCGAAGGAAUCAUCCAAGACCUCGACGCCAACGACAACCGCGGUAUAGUCAUGGAAGCGGAGUUCCGCCGCAAGUCCGGCAAGCCAGAGGGUGAAACCUACUUCCUCCGCACUCCUCGCCCGGAAGACUACCACGACCCCAUGCCCGGCAUCCCCAACGGCACUCUCAAGCAGGAGUACGUCAUCCUCCUCGAUAUGCAGCCCGCAUACGCCGGUAACGUGUCUGGUCUUAUUCAAGAUGCCGCUGAGAACCCCAACUCAACUUUCAACCUUGCUCUCACGGAGAAGCAGAAGCAGGCGCGUGAGGAGGUCGUGCUGCCUUACUUUGAUGCGCAGAAGGGUGAGGGUGCUGGUGAGGGUGGGCGUAUCUUGUAUGACAUGGGCUCUGAAGAUGACUUUGACGAGGAGGAGGAUGAGAUCUGA